AUGGCGGAGCGGGCGCCGGAGCCCGGGGCGGAGGCGGAGGCGGGCGCAGGCGGGGAGGCAGCGGGAGACGAGGGCUCGGCGGGCCGGAAGGCGCGCGGCCGGCCGCGGCUCACAGAGUCCGACCGGGCCCGGCGGCGGCUCGAGUCCCGGAAGAAGUACGACGUGCGACGCGUGUACCUGGGUGAGGCGCACGGGCCCUGGGUGGACCUGAGGCGCCGCAGCGGCUGGAGCGACGCCAAGCUUGCCGCCUACCUCAUCUCGCUGGAGCGUGGCCAGCGUAGCGGCCGCCACGGGAAGCCUUGGGAGCAAGUCCCCAAAAAGCCAAAGAGGAAGAAAAGGCGGCGGCGCAACGUCAACUGCCUGAAGAACGUGGUGAUCUGGUACGAGGACCACAAACACCGCUGCCCAUAUGAGCCACACCUCACCGAGCUGGACCCCACCUUCGGCCUGUACACCACGGCUGUGUGGCAGUGCGAAGCCGGCCAUCGCUAUUUCCAAGACCUGCACUCACCCCUAAAGCCACUCAGCGACUCCGACCCCGACAGCGACAAAGUCGGCAAUGGCCUGGGGGCUGGCAGCUCCGACUCCUCCGGCUCUGGCUCAGACUCCGAGGAGCCUCCUGAAGGCCAGCAAAGCAAGGCCUCAACAACUGUGACCCCCACCAGCCCGGCGGGCAGCCUCGGGCUCCUCACUCAGGAGGGCAUGCACAUCCCCUUCGACGUCCACCAUGUGGAGAGCCUGGCCGAGCAGGGCACCCCCUUGUGUCCCAACCCAGCCAGCAGCGGGCCCGACGCCCUGGAGACGGUGGUGUGUGUGCCAGUGCCGGUCCAAGUGGGGGCAGGUCCCGGUGCCCUCUUUGAGAACGUGCCCCAGGAAGCGUUGGGCGAGGUGGUGGCCAGCUGCCCCAUGCCAGGCAUGGUACCCGGGUCACAGGUGAUCAUCAUCGCAGGCCCAGGCUAUGAUGCCCUCACGGCCGAGGGCAUCCACCUCAACGUGGCGGCAGGCAGUAGUGCCCCUGGCGGCGGCCUGGGUGAAGAGGUGCCCUGUGCCAUGAUGGAGGGGGUGGCAGCCUAUACCCAGACAGAGCCAGAAGGCAGCCAGCCUGGUACCAUGGACACCGCCACCAUGGCGGGCAUCGAAACCAAGAGAGAGAAGGAGGACCUGUAUGUGCUCAAGAAGGAGGAGAAGGAGGAGCCGGACGCCCCAGAGCUAGCAGAGCUGGUGGCGACAGUGCCCGAGAGCACAGAGCCUGAGGCAGAGGCGGAUGGGGACGAGCUGGAUGGCAGUGACAUGUCCACCAUCAUCUACGAGAUUCCCAAGGAGCCGGAGAAGAGGCGACGGAGCAAGCGUUCACGGGUGAUGGACGCUGACGGCCUGCUCGAGAUGUUCCACUGCCCCUAUGAGGGCUGCAGCCAGGUCUACGUGGCCCUCAGCAGCUUCCAGAAUCACGUCAACCUGGUACAUCGAAAAGGGAAGACCAAAGUGUGCCCUCACCCUGGCUGCGGCAAGAAGUUCUACCUGUCCAACCACCUGCGGCGACACAUGAUCAUCCACUCAGGUGUCCGGGAAUUCACCUGUGAGACCUGUGGGAAGUCCUUUAAGAGGAAGAACCACCUAGAAGUGCACCGCCGCACGCACACGGGAGAGACACCCCUGCAGUGUGAGAUCUGCGGCUACCAGUGCCGGCAGCGCGCAUCCCUGAACUGGCACAUGAAGAAGCACACGGCGGAGGUGCAGUACAACUUCACGUGCGAGCGCUGUGGGAAGCGCUUCGAGAAGCUAGACAGCGUCAAGUUCCACACGCUCAAAAGCCACCCGGACCACAAACCCGCCUGA